AUGGCAAGUCUUUUCACCGUCGUGGCCAUGCUGGCUGUGUUGUCCGGUGGGUUUUGUAUGGAGAAAACCGUCCUGCAGCGAGCUGGUGCGGCCUUUAACAGCAGACAGUACAAAUCUCUGCUCACUGUGAGCAACGGAGAGAAGUUCGGAAACUGGACCUGGCCCGAGAUGUGUCCUGACAAGUUCUUCGCUGUUGGCUUCAGUCUCAGGGUGGAGUCUAGCCAGUGGGGGACGGAUGACACCGCUCUGAAUGGGAUCCGCCUCAUCUGCGCCGAAGAUAACAACCGAAGCUUCCUGUAUUAUAUCGAAUCCCACACUGGCUACUUUGGUGAAUGGUCCAAUCCUCAGUACUGCCCCAGUGGCAGGCUCACCUCUUUCCAGAUCCGCGUGGAGCCCCAUCAGGGUCUGUUCGGGGACGACACGGCCGUCAACAACAUCAAGUUCCGCUGCAGCAGCAACCCGAUGCUGGAGGGAGCCGGCAUGGACUGGGGACAGUACGGCUUCUGGAGCCAGGAGUGUCUCGAUGGAGGAAUCUGUGGCAUCGAGACCAAGAUGGAGGAAUACCAGUACGGCCUGGACGACUCCAGCCUCAAUGAUGUGCGCUUCCAUUGCUGUGCCAAGCAGGUACCUCAGCAGGUACUGAACGGCUUCUAA